AUGAUUCAUGAGGACCACAAGUGCCUGGAUAGUCCUACCCAGUUUGGUAUCAUUUCAAUUUAUAAUUUAAAUCUCAAAUUAUUAAAAAGGAACACAGGAGUAGCCUGUGAUCCUCCUUGCAUCCAGAGUCGCUAUCGAGUCUUAAAGUUUGAAGACUGGAUAGGGAUCAAGGCAGAAAAUUGUAAAAAAGUGACCCGGAUGGUGACUCCGGUGGGUCAUCUUUUUCAAGUUUGGGUUGCUAAAUGUGGGAUAGCGACCCAAUUUAGCGACCCCGUGGAGAUGCUCUUAGGGGGUUUUCAGGCACUGGCAAGCUUUGGGGCUCAAGGCCAACUGCGGAUUGGGGUUAGUGCAUGCUGUGGAGGGGCUAAGAAGGAGUGGGGACACCAAGAGGUAGAAGCAGGGUUUGGUGCAGUUGGACCAGAGGCAGAAGUGGCAGUGGGAUACCUGUUUGACUGGCGGUUGGAGAAGAACAUUAGCUGGCAGAUAGAGGUGACAAGUGGAGUGCGAGAGAGUGAGAGCAAAGGACAGUGUGGGAAGUUUGGAAUGGAGUGGGCAAGACAGUUGGAGGAAGAGGAGUUAGGAGGGGAAUAG